CAACGUUUGAACGUGUAGUGUGACGUAAUGGCUACUUAAAUGGCUGCAACAUUUGGCUUCCUUUUCAUUGAUCUCUGCAUGUUGUCCAUUUCACCACGUGGCGCCGCUGUUGAUCCACCAGAUACAGCUCGACUCUCUGAAAGACGUAGGCCACUCCUGUUUCCAUGCAAUUGGGCCAUUUUUCAGCCUUUGUUAGUGAGGGAUGACGGCGGAACGAACACAUACUUUUCUAAUCAAAUCCAAAGCACAGAAGACAGAAAGACAGAAAUAUGUCUUCGCCCUGUAGAUGGAUAUAUUUUGGGAUAUGUAUUGAGCUCUUUCUACUGGGGUUUUGCUUGGAAACGGUGUCUGGGCAGCUGUCCUAUUCCGUCUCAGAGGAGGUGAACCCGGGGACUCCGAUUGGAAAUAUCGCUAAGGACUUACACUUGAAUGCGAUGGACCUGGAGUCUCGUAUGUUUCAAAUUGUUACUGGAUCAAAGAGGAAAUUCUUCGAGGUAAAUCUGAAGACUGGUGUUCUGUAUGUCAGUGAGAGAAUAGACAGAGAGGAGCUCUGCGCAGAGGAAUUGAAAUGUUCAGUUAGUGUGGAAGCCGUCAUGAAUAACCCAUUAAAGCUUUACCGUAUUGACGUGGACAUUUUAGAUGUCAAUGACAAUGCCCCAUUAUUUACAACCAAAUUACAAAAUCUGUACAUCGCAGAGAGCACGCUACAAGGAGUUAAAUUCGCAUUAUCUGAAGCAAGUGAUUUAGAUGUGGGGAGAAACGGAGUCAGUACUUACAAAUUAAGCCAGAAUACACAUUUCUCGUUGGUUGUGCACAAAGCAGGUGACAGUGUGUCGGCUGAGUUAGUGAUACAGAAAGCUCUAGAUCGAGAAAAGCAGUCUGUGGUCACCAUGACACUAAUUGCUGUAGAUGGAGGGAAUCCUGCGAAAUCAGGCACAUCGCAGCUCGUUAUAACCGUUUUAGACGUUAACGACAAUAUGCCGAUAUUCAGCGAAACGUUGUAUAAAACGAAAAUGACAGAGAACGCACCACUGGGCACAAUAGUAAUUGCAGUGAACGCCACCGACCUUGACGAGGGCCUCAACGGUGAGAUCGUUUAUUCACUGAGAAGCAAAGAUCAAGACCACGUACUUGAUAUCUUCGAAAUCGAAAGUCAAACGGGACUCAUAAAGGUGAAAGGCAACAUAGACUUUGAGGAGAAAAAAGCGUUUGAGAUACGUGUAGAGGCCAGUGAUAAAGGACAACCUCCGAUGUCUGCUCAUUGUAAAGUGCUGGUAGAAGUUGUGGACGUAAAUGACAACGCACCUGAGAUCACUGUGACGUCAAUACACACUACAGUGAAAGAGGACGCUAAUCUUGGCACCGUUGUUGCUCUCGUGUCACUCCUUGAUAAGGAUGGUGGGAAAAACGGUGAGGUAAAAAUUCGAAUUAAAAAUGAAGUUCCCCUGAAACUCGAAACAAACUACAGAAAUUAUUAUUCUUUGUUAGUUGAUGGACCACUGGACAGAGAGAGUGUCUCUAACUACAACGUCACCAUAGUCGCCACUGACAGCGGAACCCCGCCACUCUCCAGCACGAGGGUACUUUCUAUACUAAUUUCUGAUGUAAACGAUAAUCCACCGCUUUUCCCAGAGCCCCUUAUAAAUGUAUACCUAAAGGAGAACAGCCCAGUGGGAGAAAUUAUUAAAACAGUAGCUGCCAGUGAUGCUGACGUAAACCAGAACAGCCAGGUGAGCUAUACGUUUUUAAAAAGUAACAACAACCCGUCAACUAUGGUAAACAUCAACUCAGAAACUGGAGAUAUAGUCACCCUGCAGUCAUUUGACCACGAGGAGUUAAAAACGUUUCAGUUUAAAGUCCAAGCCACAGACUCCGGUGUUCCUCCGCUCAGCAGCAACGUGACUGUGAACGUUUUAGUCCUGGAUGAGAACGACAACAGUCCCACCAUCCUCUUGCCCUAUUCUGAGCACGGCUCCGUUAACAGUGAGAGCAUCCCCUAUUCUGCUGAAGCGGGAUACUUUGUGGCAAAGAUCAGGGCUGUAGACGCAGACUCUGGAUACAACGCGCUGCUUUCUUAUCACCUCUCUGAGCCCAAAGGAAACAAUCUCUUCCGGAUCGGAACCAGCACCGGAGAGAUCAGGACUAAGAGGAGAAUGAGUGACAAUGACUUGAAAACUCACGCCUUGGUGGUGUUGGUGUCUGAUAACGGAGAACCCUCCCUGUCAGCUACUGUGUCUAUUGACGUGGUGGUGGUUGAAAGCACAGCUGACAUCCAGACUCAGUUCAGACACGUUCCCCUAAAGGAGGACAGCUUCUCUGACUUAAACCUGUACCUGCUGAUCGCCAUUGUGUCGGUGUCGGUGAUCUUUCUGCUGAGCCUCGUCAGUUUAAUAGCUGUCAAAUGCCACAGGACAGACGGCAGCUUCAGCAGGUACAGCGCCCCAAUGAUCACCACGCAUCCGGACGGGAGCUGGUCUUACUCUAAAUCUACUCAGCAGUAUGACGUGUGUUUCAGCUCAGACACACUGAAAAGUGACGUAGUGGUUUUCCCCGCACAGUUUCCGCAAGUAGAUGGUGAGCUGAUCAGUAUAAAUGGAGGAGACACUUUUACACGGACUCAGACGUUACCCAACAAGCUGCUGGAUUGUUACUGGGAAACGGUAUCUGGGCAGCUCUCGUACUCCGUCUCAGAGGAGGUAAAUCUGGGGACUAUUGUCGGAAAUAUCGCUAAAGAUUUGAGCAUCAAUGUUCAGGAUUUGGAGACCCGAAUGUUUCAGAUCGUUGCUGGAUCAAGGAGGAAAUAUCUCGAGGAAUGUAGUUAUCAAAAAUGUCCACAUGGAGACACUCUAGACCAGCAUAUUUGGACGGGUUCGCUUGUAGCUUUGGGCUCCUCCCAGUUUCCGCUGACGAUAAAUCACUGGGCUUUGUUAAGAAGAGAGGUUGGACGACAAAGAGCGGUGUUCUGGUCUGUUAAUGUCGAGACUUUUCAAUGGAAUAUUUCACAUUUAAUCCUAAUUUUCGUGGUUUUUCCGAUUAUUUCCAUAUUUUCUAGAUGCCCCUUCUCUUUAUACGGGAUAAUGCAUUUGCUGAGCAGAACGGGCUCUAUGUGGAUUUAUCUCUUGUUCCUGCUGCUGGAUUGUUAUUGGGAAACGGUCUCUGGGCAGCUCUCAUAUUCCGUUUCAGAGGAGGUAAAUCUGGGAACUGUUGUCGGAAAUAUCGCUAAAGAUUUAAACAUAAAUGUGCCGGAUUUGGAGCCCCGAAUGUUUCAGAUCGUUGCUGGAUUAAAGAGGAAAUUUCUCGAGGUAAAUCUAAAGACCGGUGUUCUGUAUGUUAAUGAGAGAAUAGAUCGAGAGGAACUCUGCACGAACGAACCUAAAUGUUCUAUCAGCGUAGAAGCAGUUAUUAACAACCCUUUAAAACUCUACCGGGUUGAAAUUAAUAUCUUAGAUGUUAAUGAUAAUGCCCCAUCUUUUCGAAGCACUUCGCAGGUAAUUAACAUUACAGAGAAUACAGCAUCCGGGGCUAAAUUUCCGCUGCAUUCAGCUCAUGAUGCAGACGUCGGUAAAAAUGCAGUAAAUGCCUACAAGCUGAGCCCAAACGAACACUUCUCUCUAGCCACAAAUAAAGGAGUGAGUUCAUCUCCUGAGUUACUGCUUCUGAAAGUUUUGGACAGAGAAACACAGCCUGUCAUUCGACUCACAUUGACGGCCAUUGAUGGAGGAACUCCUGCUAAAUCAGGCACUACGGUGAUUGUUAUUAAUGUCUUGGAUAUUAAUGAUAAUCCUCCCGUAUUUAUGCAGUCGCUUUACAAAGCCAGUGUGUAUGAGAAUGUAAAGAUAGGGGCGUCAAUAAUAACGGUUAAUGCCACUGAUUCAGAUGCUGGCCAAAAUGGUAAAGUAUUUUAUUCAUUUCAGUGACGUAAGGUCGGGAAGCAAACUGACUUGUUUACUAUAGAUGAAAAAACUGGGACUGUAACAAGUCAAAAGAAUAUCGACUUUGAAGUUAAUAAUGCUUUUGAGAUCCGAAUACAAGCUAGUGAUGGAGCGUCUUCCCCUCUCACUUCACACGCAAAAUUAUUGAUUGAAGUUUUAGAUUUGAAUGACAAUGCCCCUGAAAUUUCAGUUACAUCAUUGUUAAACACCGUGAGGGAGGACGCUUCCAUUGGCACCGCUAUUGCACUUGUGUCAGUGUUUGAUAAAGACGGGGAGAAAAAUGGGAUGGUAAAGUGUCACCUUUCGAAUAAUGUUCCUUUUAAAUUAGAGUCAAAUUACAGAAAUUACUAUUCGUUGGUUGUUGAUGGUCCUCUUGACAGGGAGAGCACAUCUCAAUAUAAUAUUACCAUAAUUGCGUCAGAUACGGGUAGACCACCUCUUUCCAGCACGAGCUUUAUUAAUGUUCACGUCUCGGAUGUAAAUGAUAACAGACCUCUAUUUAAAGAAAAGGUGAUGAAUGUAUAUUUGGAAGAAAACAGUCCAAUUGGAGCAGUUAUAAAAACAGUUUCAGCAAUUGAUGCUGACAUCGAUCAAAACGGUCAGGUGAGCUAUUCAUUUUUACAAAGUAACAGUAACUCGUUGCCUCUCUCCACAAUGAUAAACAUCAACUCAGAAACUGGAGAUAUAGUCACCCUGCAGUCGUUUAACCACGAGGAGUUAAAAACGUUUCAGUUUAAAGUUCAGGCCACAGACUCCGGUGUUCCUCCGCUCAGCAGCAACGUGACUGUGAACGUUUUAGUCCUGGAUGAGAACGACAACAGUCCCACCAUCCUCUUGCCCUAUUCUGAGCACGGCUCCGUUAACAGUGAGAGCAUCCCCUAUUCUGCUGAAGCGGGAUACUUUGUGGCAAAGAUCAGGGCUGUAGACGCAGACUCUGGAUACAACGCGCUGCUUUCUUAUCACCUCUCUGAGCCCAAAGGAAACAACCUCUUUCGGAUCGGAACCAGCACCGGAGAGAUCAGGACUAAGAGGAGAAUGAGUGACAAUGACUUGAAAACUCACCCCUUGGUGGUGUUGGUGUCUGAUAACGGAGAACCCUCCCUGUCAGCUACUGUGUCUAUUGACGUGGUGGUGGUUGAAAGCACAGCUGACAUCCAGACUCAGUUCAGACACGUUCCCCUAAAGGAGGACAGCUUCUCUGACUUAAACCUGUAUCUGCUGAUCGCCAUUGUGUCGGUGUCGGUGAUCUUUCUGCUGAGCCUCGUCAUUUUAAUAGCUGUCAAAUGCCACAGGACAGACGGCAGCUUCAGCAGGUACAGCGCCCCAAUGAUCACCACCCACCCGGACGGGAGCUGGUCUUACUCUAAAUCUACUCAGCAGUACGACGUGUGUUUCAGCUCGGACACACUGAAGAGUGACGUAGUGGUUUACCCUGCACCUUAUCCGCAAGUAGAUGGUGAGCUGAUCAGUAUAAAUGGAGGAGACACUUUUUCCAGAACUCAGACUUUACCCAACAAAGACAAGGUAAGAAUGUACCAUGUUGAUGACAGCCCGUCAUUCGACUCACACUGA